CACACACAGAAAACGAAACUGACUCAGGAGUUUCACGAGAAAACCCCUCAGAACAGAAAGCAGCCGGACUGCUGACGGUAUUUAAUCAAUUGACAGCUGAGAUUGAAUGACACCUACCUUCAGGUCUUAGUUCCAGACAUCCUCCUGCAUCAGAUUUCUGACUUUUCUUCCCCCUGAAAACGACUUCACUUGAAAUCAACACGCACCGGCGAAAGAAAUGUCUCAUUCGAAACCACUGCUCGUCCCGUGGCUGCGGACCAAGAUUGACAGCGAAAGGUAUCCCGGUGUCCACUGGACAAACCUGGACAGGACAGAGUUCGCCAUCCCGUGGAAACAUGCUUUGAGACAGGACUCCUCCGACACGGACAUCCUCAUCUUUAAGGCCUGGGCAGAGGUAAGUGGCAAUGGCCGGGCUCAUGGAGACCCCUCGGUCUGGAAGAGGAACUUCCGCAGCGCCCUCCGAGCCAAAGGCUUUAAAAUGGUCUCUGACAACAAGAACGACGCUGCUAACCCCCAUAAAGUGUUUCGCUGGCCGGCCGAGUCACCAUCAGGAGCUACCUCUUCUGCCGGAUCUCAGGACCAAGAUGACCCCGAUUUGUUUGAGGAUUAUCCCCUUCCUACACAAGAAAGGCAGGUCAUCCCAUGCUUUGAUGGCUCUCUCUAUCUUCCAGAAGACACUGUGUUUUCAGCAGAAUCCUCUGCCAACCAUGAUAUUCUCCAGGAGUGUCUAAUGGGACUGAACAUCUGCCCUGAAACAGAAGGCAACGCAGGCUUUGAGCCUCCUCCGGAGCAACAACAGCUCCAAAACCCAGUUGUGAUUGGUGGACACGCGUUGCCUGGGCAACAGCAGUAUCCAGUAAUGUUUGAGGGUUCAGUCGGUGAAGCUGGGUUGCCUGAGCAACCGGCACGUCCAAUGGAGGGAGCCAUGGGAGGGGCCUGUGAUGGGCAUCUGGCAGAGCAGUUCCUACAUACAAUGACCCAAACCAGUUAUGGAGAGAAUUUCAAGACUCAAUUCAGGAUAUUAGUGUACUACAGAGGGGUGAUGGUGUCUGAGCAGGAGGUUCAUAAUGAAGUUGGAAUCCGCUUAGUCUACAGGCCUGAACUCAAGGGGACAGUUUUGGAUCACGAGUCAGGCCUGACCCUGGUCUCUCUGCCAAGCCCUGGACCCAUGCUGGAUCAUACCCAAGCCAAUCUGACCCAACGCAUCCUAGACAAGCUGGGCGAUGGUUUGGACGUGAGGGUGUCAGGCCAUGUGGUCUACGGCCAGCGACUGGGCGAAAUCAAAGCAUUUUGGAGCCUCUCCAAGUUUGACAGCAGCAGGCGGCCACAAGAGAUUUCUAAACUGGAGCCUCAACAAAUAUACCACUUCAAGGACUUUGUGCGAGGCAUAUUGGAGUUCAUUGAUGGGAAAAAUUCCCCUCCGUGCUCCCUGUUCUUCUGCCUCGGUGAGAAGUGGCCUGACUCAGACAACAGGCCUUGGGAGAAGAAACUCAUCACAGUGGAGGUGGUCCUGACUUCAAUGGAGCUACUGAAGAAUAUGGCGGUUGAAGGCGGCGCCUCAUCCCUGCAGUCGAUGGAGCUGCAGAUGUCCCUUGAAGAGAUGAUGGAGAUGUAUUGACGCACUUUGCUUAGACUGCAGAAAGUCAUUGUUUACACUGUUUCGUAAACUUAACCUCGACAAGAACAUCUCAAAAAUAAUCAUGUUACUACAGCAAAUAGAAUAAUAAGGCUGGUAUUAACAUUUGCUGGUACUGCACAAAGGUGC